AUGCUCUCACGUGUUGCUGCAGUGAAGGCACCCCGCACACACAACCGUCGCCGCAUGACCGGAUCCAGCGGAAGGAGGAGGGAAGGAGGAGAGAGUGAGCCGCAGAGGCCCAACAUGUCCUGGCGUGUGUUUGCUUCCGCGGUGCUGCUCCUCCUCGUCGUGAUGAUGUGCUGCGGCACUGGUGAAGCCACAGCCACUGAUAAGGGGAAUUUGCGGAGGACAGGUCUGAGAUAUUCACCAAAGCCAUAUUUUGUCUGGAGAGAUAAAAAUGAAGAAAAAACAGUGAGUUCUUUACGUGUUCCAGUUCUUGUUGAGGUGAAUGGUGAUGUGUUUGCUGUUGCCGAGGCGCAGUGCACGGAAGCCAGUAACAGCGGUUUUGCUGGGAUUGCCUCGGAGCUCCUGGAGUGGACCGAUAAAGAAUCAAAAGAAUUGGAUACAACUAAACUGAAGACACAAGCACCGGAGGAAUGUCAUUUCAAAGGUGGGAAGUGCACGUAUCAAAAACAGGAUGUUGUUUCCCAAAGUGACACGAAAGUACAUGUGAGCCGACCAACAACAGUUGUGAAUGGAAGAGAUAUUUACAUGCUUGCGGGAAAAUACACCAGUGAAAGUGCUGCCGCUGCAGUUGCUGCUGGCAAUGCGACUGAUGGGGUUCAAUGGGGACUCUUGCUGGUGAAAGGGAACGUCAGUGGUGAGGAAGGAAAGGACAAAAGAAUUUGUUGGAGAGAUACUUACGGUCUACCGUGGGGUCUUUUUGGCAAACGGGACACCUUGACAGGACUGAUUGGCGGCGGUGGAUCAGGUGUUAAUAUAAAUGACGGUACGAUUUUGUUCCCAGUGGAAGGGACGAAGAAGGAUGGGAAGACCGUUUCGCUGAUCAUAUACUCGUCAGACAUUGCGAGUUGGACGCUGUCGAAGGGGAUGUCUGACGAUGGCUGCAGUGAUCCCUCCGUUGCGGAGUGGAGGGAGGGAAAACUCAUGAUGAUGACUGCGUGCGAUGACGGCCGCCGCAGGGUGUACGAGUCCGGUGACAAGGGGGAUUCGUGGACGGAGGCCCUCGGAACACUCUCGCGCGUGUGGGGCAACAACCAAAAGCGACAUGAGAAGGGCGUUGGAAGCGGGUUCAUCACAGCGACGAUUGAGAACAGGGACGUGAUGCUCGUUACUCUGCCGGCGCAUUCAAGGAGAAAGGGAAAAGAAAAGCGUGAACUUCAUCUUUGGCUGACGGACAAUACGCACAUUGUUGAUAUUGGGUCGGUGUCCGGUGAUGAUGACGCUGCCGCCAGCUCCCUGCUGUACAAAAGUGCUGGAAGUGGAAAUAAUAAUAAUGAGGAGUUGAUUGCACUGUACGAGAAGAAGAAGGGCGAUGGGGAACCAUCACUCGGUGUGGUCUCUGUGCGUCUGACUGCGCAGCUGAAGCGGGUGAAGGAGGUGCUGGCGACCUGGAAGAAAGUGGACGAACGUGUCUCCAAGCUGUGCCUCACUUCACGUGCUGCGAA